AUGGGCUCUUCUCCUCUUCCUGUUAGCUUGCAGAGCAAGUUCCAGAGACCUCAGUCAUGGUCCCGAUUGAGAGACUACCGAGGCAAUUUUGAGAUACUUCGGAACAUGGUCUUCAUCCUAUUUGCCCUCCGUAUCCUGCGCCGGUCAUUCUACUUCCUACGAGGCCAUGGCGUGGUCGGCUCCCUUGUCCUCUUCUACCACCAAGCCAGCAAAACGGCAUACAAAAUCUUCCUCAACCUUCCUGGUGUGAAAUCAAAAGUAGCGAAGCAGCUAGCAAGUGCUAGGAAGGACAUGGAGGAUAAGCUGGCACCCACAGGACUCGAGAUAAACCGAUUUCUUCAUCUCCCCAAAGAGCCGUGGACCAGCGAACAAUUACGAACUGAGCUCGAGACUCUUUCGGCCAUGAAACGAACACGUUGGGAAGAAGGAAAGGUCUCGGGUGCUGUCUACCACGGCGAACAGUCCCUGCUAGACGUUCAAAGUGAAGCAAUGAAAUUAUUUAGUGUGGCCAACCCCAUUCACGCGGACGUGUUCCCUGCGGUACGGAAGAUGGAAGCCGAAAUUGUCGCGAUGGUCCUGGCCAUGUUCAAUGCACCUGAGUCUGGGGCUGGAGCUACAACGUCAGGAGGGACGGAGUCGAUUUUGAUGGCAUGUCUCUCAGCCCGACAAAAGGGAUAUGCUGAAAGAAGAAUUACCGAGCCCGAAAUGAUCAUUCCAAGUACUGCUCAUGCUGCAUUCCACAAAGCAGCCAGCUACUUCAAGAUCAAACUGCAUACCGUCGCCUGCCCCGAUCCAGACUACAUGGUCGAUAUCAACCGGGUAAGGAGGCUGAUCAACCCCAACACUGUUCUACUGGUUGGCUCGGCCCCCAACUACCCUCACGGCAUUGUCGACAACAUUCCAGCAUUAUCCAAACUGGCAGUCUCCUACAAGAUCCCUUUACAUGUGGACUGCUGUCUGGGCUCUUUCAUUAUGCCCUGCCUCUCGAAAGCCGGAUUUCCCUCUCCAUGGGCUGAUGAAGGUGGUUUCGAUUUCCGCCUGCCCGGCGUCACCUCAAUCAGCGUGGACACGCACAAAUACGGCUUCGCUCCCAAAGGCAACAGUUGCAUUCUCUACCGCAACCACCAACUCAGAGAGUACCAAUACUUUAUUUGCCCAGAAUGGCCUGGCGGCGUGUACGGAUCGCCGAGUAUAGCAGGAUCACGGCCGGGUGCACUCAUCGCAGGAUGCUGGGCAAGCAUGAUGGCCCUAGGUGAGAAAGGCUAUGUGGACGCCACACACAAGAUCGUCAGCACAAAAUUAACGAUCGAGAACGCGAUCAAAGAGCACCCCAUCCUCAGAGAAACACUGGGCAUCCUCGGCCGUCCGCCCGUCAGCGUCGUGGCAUUCAAGUCUAUUGAUCCGGCCAUCUCGGUCUACGACGUCGCCGAUGCAAUGUCCAAGCGGCAAUGGCACUUGAAUUCUCUGCAGGAUCCGCCUGGCGUGCACGUCGCGGUCACUUUGCCCAUGACUCGCCCCGGGGUUGUGGACGGAUUGAUCGACGAUCUCGUCGCGGUGGUCAAGGAGGAAAAAGAGAGAGUCGUCGAACGGGUCAAGGCUGGGGGACCGGCCGUCGAGAGAGGAAAAGGAUCGAGCGCACAGUUGUACGGCGUUGCGGGCAGUUUGCCGGAUAAGAGCAUCGUUGAGAAGAUGGUAGUUGCGUAUUUGGAUACCCUUUAUAAGGCGUAA